AUGGAUAAAGAUUAUAAAAAUGCUUGCUGGCGACAUCAUGGCGAGCAAAACAUUGGAGAGCAAAAUGUGGCAAUUGGAGAAGAAGAAACAGGAGAUGAGGUGAUUAGCAUGCAUGACUUUCUUAAUGAUGUAUUUGUCCAACCAUUAACAGAAGAAGGUGUUGGGCCGUCUACUGAACCGUCUAUUGGGGAAGGGCGUCCAGAAGAGGUGGAGACUUUUUUUAGGUUGCUUGAAGAGGCAGAUCAAGAUUUGUGGCCAGGGUGUAAGGAGUUUAAGAAAUUAGAAGCAGUUGUAAGACUGUAUCAGAUCAAGUGUUUAGCGGGAAUGCCAGACGACAUCUUCACAACUUUACUGGAGUUAAUUAAAAGAAUGUUGCCUGAAGGGGAUUGUUUGCCUGAAUCAUGUUAUAAGGCAAAAAAACUUAUAAAUGACUUGGGUCUGACGUAUGUGAAAAUUGAUGCAUGUCCCAAUGAUUGCAUGAUCUAUUGGAAAGAUACUUCGGAUUUGACCGUGUGCUCGGUUUGUGGUGAAUCAAGAUAUAAAAUUACCAACGCAGCGGAUAGGUCGAGAAAAAGAUCGCAGCUAAGGUUAUGUGAUUCUCCAGCAUGGAAGCAUUUGGAUAAUUUAUAUCCGGAUUUUGCGUCAGAAAUUCGAAAUGUUCGAUUAGGGUUGGCCAGUGAUGGAUUUAAUCCUUUUGGAAAAAUGAGGAAUGAUCAUAGCACAUGGCCUGUGGUGCUUUCUGUUUACAAUUUGCCGCCUUGGAUGUGUAUGAAGCAACCAAAUUUUUUGUUGUCUCUUUUAAUACCAGGACCGCGCAGUCCUGUUAAAGAGAUUGAUGUAUACAUGCGUCCACUGAUUGACGAGUUGAAUGAGUUGUGGGAGGUGGGCACUUCAACUUAUGAUGCGUAUUCCAACCAAAGUUUUACGAUGAAGGCUGCUGUCUUAUGGACUAUAAGUGAUUUUCCGGCUUAUGGAAUGUUGUCAGGAUGGAGUACACAUGGCUAUAAAGCAUGUCCACAUUGCAUGCAUGAUAAAGAAUCCAUUUACUUGCCGGCGAGUCGUAAAAUUUGUUAUAUGGGACAUCGACGGUUUCUUGAAGAUAAUCAUAGGUUUCGAAGGCAAACCACAGCUUUUAAUGGUCGUCGAGAGCAUCGUAGUGCAUCAAGGCAGUGGACUGGUUUACAAUGUCUCGAAGAACUUUGUACAUUGAGAUUUACUUUUGGAAAACCAAAGAAAAAUGCUUCAGUUGGGCAACGCAGAAAAAGAACUUCGAGCAGUACAAGUGGUAACAGUCAGUGGAAGAAGAAAUCUAUUUUUUAUGAACUACCUUAUUGGAGGCAUCUGUUGAUUAGACACAAUCUUGAUGUUAUGCAUAUCGAGAAGAAUAUAUGUGACAGUGUGGUGGGAACAUUGCUAGGUAUAGAAAAGUCUAAAGAUGGAUUGGCUGCACGUGCAGAUCUUGAAGUCUUGAACAUAAGACGCAGUCAACACCCACGUAGAGAAGGAAAUAGAACAUUUCUACCUCCAGCUUUGUUCACGUUGAAAAGAGAAGAAAAAAAAACUGCGUUUUGCAAUGUGUUGUCUACUAUUCGGCAGUUACUCGCGCUUGCAAUACGCCCGGUUUUGCCUAAAGCUGUUACUAUGGUAUUAUUAGAGUUGAGUGCAAUUUUCAGACAGUUGUGUAGUAAGAAGGAGUCUGAGGAAGGAUUCAAGGAACUGAGUUCAAGAAUUGCCUUGACAUUAUGUCAACUUGAAAAAAUAUUUCCUCCUGCAUUUUUUGAUAUAAUGGUGCACCUUCCAGUUCACUUGGCAGAUGAAGCAGCUCUUGCAGGGCCUGUUCCCUAUAGAUGGAUGUAUCCAAUUGAACGGUAUUUGCAAACGUUGAAGCGCUAUGUUCGUAAUAAGGGUCGUCCUGAAGGUUCUAUUGCUGAAAGCAUAUUUGGUGGAUGA